CCGGAGGCCUGGAGAUGGGCGCACCCCCUUCCCCUCCUGGCCGGACCUGCGGGGAGGUGGGCUGGCGGUGGAGGGAGGGCCCUGUCCCCUGUCUCUUUAAGGGGGAGGGCCGAGCACGGCCGAGAGAGCCGGCGUAGCCCCCACCCGCCUGCACCCUCACUCCAGAGCAGCUGCAGCCCCCGCCGCGGCCGCCCCUCAGCCAGCAGUGUCCGCUCCGGGUCCCCGGCAGCCCGUCGCCACCAUGGUGAAGAUCGUGACCGUGAAGACCAAGGCGUACCCGGACCAGAAGCCGGGCACGAGCGGGCUGCGGAAGCGGGUGAAGGUGUUCCAGAGCAGCAGCAACUAUGCGGAGAACUUCAUCCAGAGUAUCAUCUCCACCGUGGAGCCGGCGCAGCGGCAGGAGGCCACCCUGGUGGUGGGCGGGGACGGCAGGUUCUACAUGAAGGAGGCCAUCCAGCUCAUCGUGCGCAUCGCCGCCGCCAACGGGAUCGGGCGCUUGGUUAUUGGGCAGAAUGGAAUCCUCUCCACUCCUGCUGUGUCCUGUAUCAUCAGAAAAAUCAAAGCCAUUGGUGGAAUCAUUCUGACAGCCAGUCACAACCCCGGAGGGCCCAAUGGAGAUUUUGGAAUCAAAUUUAAUAUUUCCAAUGGAGGUCCUGCUCCAGAAGCAAUCACUGAUAAAAUUUUCCAAAUCAGCAAGACAAUUGAAGAAUACGCGAUUUGCCCUGACCUGAAAGUAGACCUUGGUGUUCUGGGGAAGCAGCAGUUUGACCUGGAAAACAAGUUCAAGCCCUUCACAGUGGAAAUUGUGGAUUCGGUGGAAGCUUAUGCUACGAUGCUGAGAAACAUCUUUGAUUUCAAUGCAUUGAAAGAACUGCUCUCUGGGCCAAACCGACUAAAGAUCCGUAUAGAUGCCAUGCACGGAGUUGUGGGACCGUACGUGAAGAAGAUCCUCUGCGAAGAACUUGGUGCCCCUGCGAACUCCGCCGUCAACUGCGUUCCUCUGGAGGACUUCGGGGGCCACCACCCUGACCCCAACCUCACCUACGCAGCUGACCUGGUGGAGACGAUGAAGUCCGGAGAGCAUGACUUCGGGGCUGCCUUUGAUGGAGAUGGGGAUCGGAACAUGAUUCUGGGCAAGCAUGGGUUCUUUGUGAACCCUUCAGACUCCGUGGCUGUCAUUGCUGCCAACAUCUUCAGCAUUCCAUACUUCCAGCAGACCGGGGUCCGUGGCUUUGCACGCAGCAUGCCCACCAGUGGUGCCCUGGACAGGGUGGCAAACGCCACAAAGAUUGCUUUGUAUGAGACCCCAACUGGUUGGAAAUUUUUUGGGAAUCUGAUGGAUGCAAGCAAACUGUCCCUCUGUGGGGAGGAGAGCUUCGGUACCGGUUCUGACCACAUUCGUGAGAAAGAUGGGCUGUGGGCUGUGCUUGCGUGGCUCUCCAUUCUGGCCACCCGCAAACAGAGUGUGGAGGACAUCCUCAAAGACCACUGGCAGAAGUUCGGCCGCAACUUCUUCACCAGGUAUGAUUAUGAGGAGGUGGAAGCUGAGGGCGCCACCAAAAUGAUGAAGGACUUGGAGGCCCUCAUGUUCGAUCGCUCCUUCGUGGGGAAGCAGUUCUCAGCGAAUGACAAGGUUUACACGGUGGAGAAAGCCGACAACUUUGAGUACAACGACCCGGUGGAUGGAAGCGUCUCCAAAAACCAGGGCUUGCGGCUCAUUUUUGCAGAUGGUUCUCGCAUCAUCUUCCGACUGAGCGGCACCGGGAGUGCGGGAGCCACCAUCCGACUGUACAUUGAUAGCUAUGAGAAGGACAAUGCCAAGAUCAACCAGGACCCCCAGGUCAUGUUGGCCCCCCUCGUUUCCAUUGCUCUGAAGGUGUCCCAACUCCAAGAAAGGACAGGACGCACUGCACCCACCGUUAUCACCUAAGAACACAGACCAGAUGAUGUACGUCCCUCCGCCCCAAGUCAUCUGAUUGAAGAGCAUGGACGGAAACAAAGUGCACAGGCCCCGACUUUCUGGGAUUUAAUCUUUACACUAACUGUUGGCGAACAGCGCAUUCGUGAGGCACUGCCGGUUGAGAUGCCCUUGGGAGCCACGUGGGAAGGAGGGAGGGGCCCCGAGGUUUAUGCUAACGUCAGUCCCUGAUCCUGCCCUCCUGCACUGCCCUUGGGUGGGUGCUUGCCUCCUAGCACCAGGUACCAUUACACUGCCGUGGAAGGAGGAGGGUGAGCAUCCACGAGAGGCCCCUUUCCAUCCUGGGGCUAUGCCAGUGCAAUGCCAGUGCCAGUUGCUUUCUCCUUCAUGAAUCGUUCCCCCAUUUACUGUUUACAUUUUACCCAACAAAGUGCAACUUCUGGUGCCUUCUCUCCAAUCAGUUUUUCCUCAGAGUGAGACGUACUCGUCUAGAGAUUUCUGCCUUGUUUUGCAACAUGGUCCCGCUACACAAUUAUUUUGGGCUAUUAAAGCAAAAUAAGCUGC